AUGUUGGAAAGGAGUUGCAAGGCGGGGGACCCGCCAGUUCGGACGGCGACUCCUUCAGAUAAGGUGUCGACUCCAGUCAAAGAUGAGGAACCUGCGACAGAUAACUCGGACAAGAGUCAAGCAGACAGUCUGCUGGAGCAGCUUGCCGCCGUGCCUGAAGGGGACGAAGGUAGUCUUCUUCCUCAGCUUCCAGGACAAGUGCCGAGCUCGGAGCAGGGGCGGUGGGAAGACAAGGGAGAGGCAACCCUUUUCAAGCAUCAGCAGCUCCUCACGAGAUUGCGGCUUUUCAUGCCAAGCAUCGUAGAGGAAACGGAAGAAGACUUAGCUCGACAAGAGGAAGAGGAAGACGAAGAUUACGCCUUCGAAAGGGCACCUGCCGCAGCGGCUGCCAUGGAGGAUGACCACGAAGCCCUUUUCGACUCAAACUUCUUACGCUUCGUCAUUGACACAAACUCCAUCGGCAAAGAUCCUUCUCGAGAAAAUCCUGAAUUUCGCCAGGAUUUUCCAGAUCUGCUCAAAAUCCUGCAGACGAAACUCAAGCAAGAGGACAAAUUUAUCAAAUAUAUUGCUGGGCAGAUCACGUCCCUCCGCAUCAAAGAAAAACUUCUGCUGCUCAAGUACAUCAGGCAUGUGGCUCUAAACUCUGACAAUUCCAUCGCCAUGUUCAAAUCAGGCGGUGGAUUCGCAACCCUGUUGAACCUCUGCCUGCAAAAUGAUGAGAUGCUCGAGCACCUACCCGGUAAAGGAACUGCCCUCGAACUCGAGUACUAA